AUGUCGGAGGAGGAGCGCCUAAGAUAUCUGCAACAUCGUGCAGAGUUGGAAGAAGAAGCCAAACGAAGAAAACAGCAACUCAUAAGCACUUUCAUGAAGAAUAAAUUAAAGAAAGAAGACGCAUUUACUCGCUUGAAUGUGGCUAAAAUUAAAAGUGAAUGGCGUGAUAUAUUGCGAAAAAUAAAAUGCAGGGAAUUGCACGAGGACCUCAAGGCAAUCAAGCAAGAAUGCGAUGAGUUGAUUCAACGGAAAAAUGCCGUCAUACGACGUCUACUUUCAGAUUUGGACGAGUCAGAAGAGAUUUAUUCAGCGAUGCUUCAUUCGCAUAUGAAUAUCAUUGAGAAGCUUAUAGCUAUAUCCGAUGAGCGUCUCGACUUUCUUCGCAAGAACUAUGAGUCUGAAAAAAGCAAAAUAUUGCAAGAAUACGAACAUGAAAUGAGCGACUAUAAAAGUAAGAAGUUUCAAUUGCAAAAGGAACUUGAAAGUGUUUAUUACGGUCUCGCUGAACGAACCCUCAAGACGACGAAAACAGCUGAGGAAGAGUUUCUCCAACGGCAAGAUGAAUUGAAGAAUUCCGUGAGUCGUGCUUGA